UCAUUUGCUGUUUUGAUCAGUGCUCUUGACUGAAUAUUUAAGGUGAAAUAUUUUAAAAGUAAAAUCAACAAAAACUAAACAAGGGAUCCAUUCCUUAUCCACUAUGAAAUACGGCGACGAUAAUUUAAUGGAGAGGUUCAUUUAAAAAAUUGCAGAGAUUUAACCUGGAACAAAUUUUAUACAAUUUAGUAAUGACUAAUUAUUGAAAGCUCAAAGAAACCCUUGUGUUAUUCGGAAUGACACAACCUAAUCCUGCAAGUAACUGUUUGUCUGAGUCAGAAAUGCCUGAAGCAGAGUGCUCAAAUGUACUGGAAAAUGCAAAACAAAAAAAAUUUUCAUCAGGAUCUCUAGGUGCAGCGGAUUUAGCCCGUCCAAAAGUGGUUACCGUCAAGCACCCAGAAUCAAAUAAACUAAAGCCAACUGCCAAAAAGAAUAAACGAAUUCAAGCUGAUUUAGAUGUAGCCAAGGAGUUCCUGAAAUGCAAAGAACAAGGUUUGAAGCGACUGGACCUGAGCAAAUCGAAUAUUACACAAUUACCUCCUAGUUUGAGAGAUUUGACACAUUUAGCCGAACUUUAUCUAUAUGGGAAUAAACUAGUUUCUUUACCACCAGAAAUUGGCUGUUUAACAAGCUUACAAACUCUGGCAUUGAGCGAAAAUGCUCUGACAAGUCUGCCAGAUUCACUAGUAAGUCUAAAAUCACUCAAAGUUUUAGAUUUAAGACAUAACAAAAUGAAUGAUAUACCAGAUGUUGUGUAUAAGUUGACAUCACUGACAACUCUCUUCCUGAGGUUUAAUAGAAUAAGAGUAGUAGGAGAUGAAAUAAGGAAUUUAAGUGCUCUAACGAUGUUGAGUUUGCGAGAGAAUAAAAUAAAGGAAUUACCUGCUGGAAUAGGUAAUCUGGUCCACUUGGGGACAUUUGAUGUAUCCCACAAUCAUUUAGAACAUUUGCCUGAAGAAAUUGGCAAAUGUAUAAACCUGUCCACUUUAGACCUCCAGCAUAAUGAGUUAUUUGAUAUCCCCGAAUCAAUUGGAAAUCUGGAACAGUUAACGAGAUUGGGCUUACGUUACAACAGACUAGCUAGUAUUCCAGCAUCAUUGAGUAAUUGUAAGCACAUGGAUGAAUUCAACGUUGAAGGAAAUACCAUAAGCAUAUUGCCCGAAGGUUUGUUAUCCAGCUUAACAGAACUUACCAGUAUUACUUUAUCCAGGAAUAUUUUUACUGCAUAUCCAUCGGGGGGACCUUCGCAAUUCACAAAUGUAGAUUCCAUUAAUUUGGAACAUAAUUCAAUUGAUAAAAUUCCAUAUGGAAUAUUUUCACGUGCCAAGCAUCUAACUAAAUUGAACAUGAAAGAAAAUCAGUUGACUGCUCUACCAUUAGAUGUGGGCACUUGGGUGAAUAUGGUCGAGUUAAACUUGGGCACAAACCAGUUAUCCAAGUUGCCAGAAGAUAUACAAUAUCUGCAGAGCUUAGAAGUUCUAGUCCUGUCCAACAACCUUCUUAAGAGGAUACCAACAAGUAUUGGAAGCUUGAGAAAGUUACGAGUGCUAGAUUUAGAAGAGAAUCGUCUGGAUCAACUCCCACACGAAAUCUGUUAUCUUCGAGAACUCCAACGGUUGAUCGUACAGUCGAAUCAACUCACAUCUUUACCCCGAGCCAUUGGACACCUCACCAAUCUACAGUAUUUGAGUGUUGGAGAAAAUCUUCUGGCUUCUCUUCCGGAAGAGAUCGGUACGUUAGAGUCCUUGGAGUCUCUUUAUAUAAAUGAUAAUCCGUCUUUGCAUAAUCUUCCUUUUGAAUUAGCCCUCUGUUCAAAUUUACAAAUAAUGAGUAUUGAAAAUUGUCCAUUAACACAAAUACCAGCUGAAAUCAUAGCUGGUGGGCCCUCUUUGGUUAUACAAUAUUUAAAAAUGCAAGGUCCGUAUAGGGCGAUGUGAUCACCAUGUUGAAUUUAAAGAACGAAUAACUAUAUGGACAUGGGUAUGAAACAGAUACACUAACUCGGUAGAUUCCAGAAA